CAGUGGAAAGACUUGGCUUGUUCUUCACUCGCCUGUGGGACAGCACUUCAAAUUUGCCAAUGGAUCACAAGGACUGAAGAGCACUUUUGUUCCCACCAAUGUUUCUUAGAGCUGCUAAAACAGGACCAAUGAAGAUGUUCACCAGACUCCAAGUCCUUGCGCUAGCUUUGUUUUCCAAAGGAGUUUUCCUUUCCCUAAGUGACCACAGCUUCGUAAGGAAGGAAAUUAAGAUAGAAGGAGACCUGGUCUUAGGUGGCUUAUUCCCAGUCAACGAAAAAGGCACAGGGAUAGAAGAAUGUGGGAGAAUCAAUGAAGACCGAGGCAUCCAGCGCUUGGAGGCCAUGUUGUUUGCCAUUGACGAAAUCAACAGAGAUAACUACUUGCUGCCAGGGAUUAAGCUUGGAGUUCACAUCUUGGACACCUGUUCCAGGGAUACAUAUGCCUUAGAACAGUCUUUGGAGUUUGUCAGGGCAUCUUUGACUAAAGUGGAUGAAACAGAGUAUAUGUGCCCUGAUGGGUCCUACGCCAUUCAAGAGAAUUUACCAUUGCUCAUCGCAGGAGUCAUAGGCGGGUCCUAUAGCAGCGUCUCCAUACAGGUGGCCAAUUUGCUGAGGCUCUUCCAGAUCCCCCAGAUAAGCUACGCUUCCACCAGCGCCAAGCUGAGCGACAAGUCCCGCUACGACUACUUUGCGCGGACGGUGCCCCCCGACUUCUACCAGGCGAAAGCCAUGGCUGAAAUCCUGCGGUACUUCAACUGGACUUACGUGUCCACCGUGGCUUCCGAAGGAGACUACGGGGAGACGGGGAUCGAAGCCUUCGAGCAGGAGGCUCGCCUCCGCAACAUCUGCAUCGCCACCUCCGAGAAAGUGGGCCGCUCCAACAUCAGGAAGUCCUACGACGGUGUGAUCAGAGAGCUGCUCCAGAAGCCCAACGCCAGAGUGGUGGUGCUCUUCAUGCGAGGCGACGACUCGCGCGAGCUCAUUGCCGCUGCCAACCGCUUCAACGUCUCCUUUACCUGGAUCGCCAGCGACGGAUGGGGAGCGCAAGAGAGCAUCGUCAAGGGCAAUGAGCACAUAGCCUCUGGGGCAAUAACCUUGGAACUCGCUUCCCAUCCUGUUAAGGAGUUUGACAAGUAUUUCCAAAGCCUCAGCCCUUACAAUAACAGACGUAACCCCUGGUUCAAGGACUUCUGGGAGCAAAAAUUCCAGUGUAAUCUCCAGAACCGAAAACCACAUAAAAAGGCUUGUGAUAAGCACUUCACCAUCAACAGUUCCAACUACGAGCAAGAAUCCAAGAUCAUGUUUGUUGUGAACGCUGUGUAUGCGAUGGCCCAUGCCUUGCAUAAAAUGCAGAGGACUCUGUGUCCAAACACUACCAAACUCUGUGACGCCAUGAAGCACCUGGAUGGCAGGAAGCUGUACAAAGAUUAUCUCCUGAAAGUAAACUUUACAG